UUGACAGAUGUCAUCUUGACAGUGGUUGGUUGGGUUGUAGACAAGUUGUAGACUUUUAGGUAAUUUUAUUACUUUACCAUAUCAAAUAAUGAUAAUGAACAACGAAAAGAUCCAUGUUCAUUGAAUUAUUAAGUACGAUAAAUUGUUGAUUAUACUGAAUUAGAACCAUGUCGAAUGAAAAAACAGUACUAUCCAAAAAGCUAUCUGAAGGCCCUCACGGGUUAGGUGAUCCUGAUGACAGAACCCUGAGAAAAGUGGAAGUAGAGGUACUGAUACCUAAACUCAUGCGAGAUAAGGCUAAAAAAGAAAAAUGUACUAAAGAAGUAGCUGAAUUUGAAAAUUGCUGCAAAAGUUCUUCAUUAAUGAUGGUCAUAUCAUGUAGAGAACAAAACUCUGUUCUAAAGGACUGUCUUUCCAACUGGUAUAAAAAUGAUGCAUUCAGGAAUUUAUGUACAGAAGAAUAUUUAAAAGAAAGAAGUGAAUUCAGGAGAACUGGUGUCAAGAAACCAAUCAAAAGAGCAUGAUGUAAAGUUAGACUUUGUAGAUACUGUUAUAUUUUUUUUAGUGUAAAUAUAAAAGAUUGCAUCUAUUCAA